AUGUCGUGGCUGUUCGGCCUGAACCGGGGCUCUCCCCCUGUGACGGGGGACGGAGGCCAGGGCGGGGCGGGCCUGGCCCUGCCGCCCCCUCCCUCCGCCGGCGGCCCCGCAGCGGGGGACGGAGCCGGGGACCGGCACGCGCCCAAGGACAAAUGGAGCAACUUUGACCCCACUGGGCUGGAGCGGGCGGCCAAGGCGGCCAGGGAGCUGGAGGCCUCCCGCUAUGCAAAAGAUGCUCUUAGUCUUGCUCAGCUGCAGGAACAGACAUUGCAAAUGGAGCAGCAGUCCAAAAUUAAGGAAUAUGAGGCAGCCAUUGAACAGCUGAAGAAUGAACAGAUCCGGGUACAAGCAGAUGAGAGAAGAAAGACACUAAAUGAAGAAACCAGACAGCAUCAAGCGAGGGCCCAAUAUCAGGACAAGCUGGCAAGGCAGCGCUAUGAAGAGCAGCUGCGGCAGCAGCAACUCCUUAAUGAAGAGAACUUGAGGAAGCAGGAGGAAUCUGUGCAGAAGCAGGAAGCAAUGAGGCGAGCCACUGUGGAGCGGGAGAUGGAGUUGCGGCACAAAAAUGAGAUGCUGCGCAUCGAAGCAGAAGUGCGAGCCCGCGCAAAGGCUGAGCGUGAGAACGCAGACCUCAUUCGGGAGCAGAUCCGCCUGAAAGCUGCUGAGCAUCGCCAGACAGUGUUAGAUUCUCUCAAGACAGCGGGUACGUUGUUUGGAGAAGGAUUUCGUGCCUUUGUAACAGAUUGGGAUAAAGUUACAGCCACGGUGGCAGGUCUGACUCUGCUGGCAGUGGGGAUAUACACUGCCAAGAACGCUACUGGGGUUGCAGGGCGGUACAUAGAAGCUCGUCUGGGCAAGCCCUCCCUGGUGAGAGAGACCUCACGCAUUACUGUGCUGGAGGCACUCAAGCAUCCCAUCAAGGUUGGCAAGCGUCUUACCAGCAAGGCUCAAGAUGCUCUUGAAGGAGUUGUUCUCAGCCCCAAGCUGGAGGAGCGUGUAAGAGACAUUGCCAUAGCAACAAGAAAUACCAGAAAGAACAAAAGUUUGUACAGGAAUAUCCUUAUGUAUGGCCCACCUGGUACUGGGAAGACUCUCUUUGCCAAGAAAUUAGCCAUGCAUUCAGGCAUGGAUUAUGCCAUCAUGACAGGUGGCGAUGUCGCCCCUAUGGGGCGGGAAGGAGUUACUGCCAUGCACAAAGUCUUUGACUGGGCUAACACGAGUAGGAGAGGUCUCUUGCUGUUUGUAGAUGAAGCUGAUGCAUUCUUACGGAAGAGGGCAACAGAGAAAAUCAGUGAAGACCUAAGAGCGACAUUGAAUGCAUUUCUGCACAGGACAGGACAGCACAGCAGCAAGUUUAUGCUUGUUUUAGCAAGUAACCAGCCGGAGCAGUUUGACUGGGCCAUCAACGACCGAAUUGAUGAAAUGGUGAACUUUGAUCUACCGCAGCUACAAGAGCGGGAGCGUCUGGUGAGGAUGUAUUUUGAUAAGCACGUCUUGAAGCCUGCCACAGAGGGGAAACAGCGUCUAAAGCUGGCCCAGUUUGACUACGGGAAAAAGUGUUCUGAGAUUGCCAAGCUGACAGAGGGCAUGUCUGGCCGAGAGAUCUCCCAACUUGCUGUGGCAUGGCAGGCCGCAGCCUAUGCGUCCGAGGACGGCGUCCUGACCGAGGCCAUGAUCGACGCCCGCGUGGCCGACGCGGUGCAGCAGCACAAGCAGAAGAUGGAGUGGCUGAAAGCGGAGGGCACAGAGCCGAGCAAGGAGGCCGGCAAAAGCCAACGGCUGCCUCUCCCCACGGGGACGGCUGUCUGAGAAGCUGCAGACUGGUGUGCGUGGGGAGGGUGGCGGGGAAUCCCACUGGAGAGUUGGUUGGCCAGCCGUGUGGGUGGAAUCACGUGCUGGAGAU